GGUCCCGUAGCCCUCCCCGGGGCGGCUCCCCGGAUUUUGCCUGCGCUUCCUCUCCUCCUCUCGCCGGGCUCCCGCAUUCCUGCCGCUUGACUCAGGCCUGGAGGAGAAGGCGGCGGCGGCGGCGGCGGCGGGCGCUCGCUCGCUCGCUGCACCAGGAAGCGUGUGCGGCCCGCAGCAUGUAAGGCGAGCGGAGGCAGCGCUAGACAGGCGAGGAAGGAAGGAAGGAGGAGGAGGAGGAGGAGGAAGAAGAGGAGGGCGACGGCUCGGCGGCCCGGCCAUGGGGGACGGCACCGAGGAGGAGACGGUGGAGCUGCCCCUUACCAACGCCAAUUUAACCGGGCAUGAUGAGGAGAAGGUGGGGAUGGAAAAUUUUGAAUUGCUCAAAGUCCUGGGCACCGGAGCCUACGGGAAGGUGUUCCUGGUCCGUAAACUCACCGGCCACGACGCCAACAAGCUUUACGCCAUGAAAGUGCUCCGGAAAGCGGCCAUCGUCGCUAAAGCCAAGACGACCGAACACACGCGGACGGAGAGGACCGUCCUGGAACAUGUGCGCCAGUCGCCUUUCCUCGUGACGCUGCAUUACGCCUUCCAGACGGACUCCAAGCUCCAUCUGAUUCUGGACUACGUUAGCGGAGGCGAGCUGUUCACCCACUUGGACCAGCGGGACCACUUCACCGAGGAGGAAGUACGGUUUUACAGCGGGGAGAUCAUUCUGGCCCUCGAACACCUGCACAAGCUCGGCAUCAUUUAUCGGGACGUGAAGCUGGAAAACAUCCUGCUGGACAACGAGGGCCACGUGGUGCUGACCGAUUUCGGCCUGAGCAAGGAAUUUGUGACGGAGGAUAGAGAACGGACCUUCUCGUUUUGCGGCACCAUCGAAUACAUGGCUCCCGAGAUUGUCCGCAGCAAAAGUGGACACGGCAAGUCUGUGGACUGGUGGAGUUUAGGAAUCCUGGUCUUCGAACUCCUGACCGGAGCGUCUCCUUUCACCCUGGAAGGGGAGAAGAACUCGCAAGCGGAGGUGUCCAGACGGAUCCUGAAGUGCAGCCCGCCGUUCCCGUCGCUCAUUGGCCACGAGGCUCGCGACCUGCUGCAGAAGCUCCUGUGCAAAGACCCCAAGAAACGCUUGGGGUCCGGCCCAACGGGGGCCCAGGAGAUUAAGGAGCACCCCUUUUUCAGGGGCCUGGACUGGGUUGAAUUAGCAGCACGCCAGGUGAGGCCGCCGUUUAAACCCCUCAUUCGCCACGAGUUGGACGUGCGAAACUUUGCCGAAGAAUUCACCAGCUUGGAGCCCAUUUACUCUCCGGCUGGGACCCCUCCCAGCCUAGACCGUGUCUUCCAGGGAUAUUCCUUCAUUGCCCCAUCAAUCCUCUUUAACCGCAACGCUGUGACUGCCGACGUCCUUGAGGCAGCGCUCGAUGGGGAACGUCCCGGAAGCUCUGCAGUGGCCCGAAGUGCCAUGAUGAAGGAUUCGUCGUUCUUCCAAAAAUAUGAGAUGGACCUGGUGGAGCCCCCCCUGGGUGAGGGAAGUUUCUCGGUCUGUCGCCGUUGCCGACAUCGACAAAAUGGGACGGAAUUUGCGGUCAAAAUCAUCAGCAAAAGGAUGGAAGUGAACACCCAGAGGGAGGUGGCGGCUUUGCAGAUCUGCGAAACCCACCCGAACAUCGUCAAGCUUCACGAUGUUCAUCAUGACCAGUAUCAUACCUACCUGGUGAUGGAAUUGCUGAGGGGAGGGGAGCUCCUGGACCGAAUCAAGAAGAAGCAGCACUUCAGCGAGUCGGAAGCCAGCCAGAUCAUGCGGAGCCUGGUGUCCGCCGUCAGCUUCAUGCACGACUCGGGAGUGGUGCACCGGGACCUGAAGCCCGAGAAUAUUCUGUACGCAGACGAGUCGGAGGGCGCCCCCGUGAAGGUGAUUGACUUCGGCUUUGCCCGCCUCUGCCCUCAGAACUCGCAGCCCAUGCAGACCCCGUGCUUCACCCUCCAGUACGCGGCCCCCGAGCUUUUCCAGGACGCCGGCUACGAUGAAUCUUGCGAUCUCUGGAGCCUGGGGGUGAUCUUGUACACCAUGCUGUCCGGCCAGGUCCCCUUCCAUAGUAGCCUGGAAGGAAGCGCAGUCAGCCACGCCGCGGACAUCAUGCACAAAAUCAAGGAAGGGCAGUUCUCCCUGGAGAGCGAAGCCUGGAGGAACGUGUCUGAGGAAGCCAAGGAGCUGGUUCGAGGUCUUCUCACGGUGGACCCUGCCAAACGGCUGAAAAUGUCCAACUUACGCUAUAAUGAGUGGCUCCAGGACGGCAGCGCCCUCUCUUCCACCCCGCUGAUGACGCCAGACAUCCUGGAGAGCUCCGGGCCCGCUGUGCGAACGGGCGUGAACGUCACGUUUAUGGCCUUUAACAAGGGGAAGCGCGAAGGGUUUUUCCUGAAAAGUGUGGAAAAUGCCCCUCUGGCUAAACGGCGCAAGCUGAAGAUGUCCAGCACCGGUGCUGAGGGCCGCCGCAGCAGCAGCAGCUCCUCCUCCUCCUCCUCUUCGGGGUCCUCCUCCCGCCCCCCCAAAUCCAAGAUCCCCACCAUUCGCCACGACCCUCCCUCGUAGCAGCCGGGGGAGGGCCCGAGCACUGAAGCGCUGGAUGGGAAAAGGGGUAUUUAUUGUCUAUGUUGCUGUUCGGGGAGCAUCGGGGAGCCCAGCUUCCACUCCCCCACCCCUUAUUUCCACCCACCCCACCCCACCCACCCACCAUGAUGUGAUACCUUCAUUUAGAAUGAGGCGGGGUGUGUGUGUUUCCAGUUGAAAGCGACCGUUCUCUGUCGGAAAGGCCAGGAAAACCCGGGGGUUGUUAGGCAGAGAUUUAGGGCGCAGAUCCUGGGGGGCUCUGGAGGGUUGAUGGCUGGAAGGGCUCCCCACAUUUCCGAGCCAAAUCGACAUCCGAUUGCACCACAAGGGCAAAAGCCAGGGAGAUUUUGCUCGUCUGGUCAUUUUUAAACGGGCGAAGCGUCGCCAUUUUAUUUCUUAACCCCUGCAACUCGUCUGCCGCUUUUCUGCGUGCGGGGAGUGGGGUGGGGUGGGGCUGCUGGCCCCCUUCCCUCCAGGCCUCGGUGGGGCAGGUGGAGCGGAAUAAGGCUGUUGCAGAGACAGGGCUGCAGAUUUCCAAACGGCCAGCAGAGGGCCGCGGUCCUCCU